GCCGCUGCCGCUGCUGCUCGGGCUGCUGCUGGCGGCCGCGGGGCCCGGCGCGGCGCGGGCCAAGGAGACGGCGUUUGUGGAGGUGGUGCUGUUCGAGUCGAGCCCGAGCGGCGACUACACCACCUACACCACCGGCCUCACGGGCCGCUUCUCGCGGGCGGGGGCCACGCUCAGCGCGGAGGGCGAGAUCGUGCAGAUGCACCCACUGGGCCUGUGUAAUAACAACGAUGAAGAGGACUUGUAUGAAUACGGCUGGGUAGGCGUGGUGAAGCUGGAACAGCCAGAAUUGGACCCGAAACCAUGCCUCACUGUCCUGGGCAAGGCCAAGCGGGCAGUGCAGCGAGGAGCCACUGCGGUCAUCUUUGACGUGUCAGAAAACCCAGAAGCUAUCGAUCAGCUAAACCAGGGCUCAGAAGACCCACUCAAGAGGCCAGUGGUGUACGUGAAGGGUGCAGAUGCCAUCAAGUUGAUGAACAUUGUCAACAAGCAGAAAGUAGCUCGAGCAAGGAUUCAGCACCGCCCCCCUCGACAACCCACAGAGUACUUCGACAUGGGGAUUUUCCUGGCGUUCUUCGUCGUGGUCUCCUUGGUCUGCCUCAUCCUUCUCGUCAAAAUCAAGCUGAAACAGCGGCGCAGUCAGAAUUCCAUGAACAGGCUGGCUGUGCAGGCUCUGGAGAAGAUGGAAACCAGGAAGUUCAACUCCAAGAGCAAGGGGCGCCGGGAGGGGAGCUGUGGGGCGCUGGACACGCUCAGCAGCAGCUCAACAUCCGACUGCGCCAUCUGCCUGGAGAAGUAUAUCGACGGGGAGGAGCUGCGGGUUAUCCCCUGUACUCACCGCUUUCACAGGAAGUGCGUGGACCCGUGGCUGCUGCAGCACCACACCUGCCCCCACUGUCGGCACAACAUCAUAGAGCAAAAGGGCAACCCGACUGCCGUGUGCGUGGAAACCAGCAGCCUCGCACGUGGCCGGCAGCAGAGGGUGAUCCUGCCGGUGCACUACCCCGGCCGCGUGCACAGGACCAACGGCAUCCCGGCCUACCCCACCCGCACGAGCAUGGACUCCCACGGGAACCCCGUCACGCUGCUGACCGUGGACCGGCACGGGGAGCAGAGCCUCUACUCCCCACAGACCCCCACCUACAUCCGUGGCUACCCGCCCCUCCACCUGGACCCCAGCCUGGCCCCUCACCGCUGUGGCCUGGAGCACCGGGCCUACUCCCCAGCCCACCCCUUCCGCAGGCCCAAGUUCGGCGGCCGCGGCUUCUCCAAGGCAGCUUGCUUCUCCCAGUAUGAGACCAUGUACCAGCACUACUACUUCCGGGGCCUCAGCUACCCGGAGCAGGAGGGCCAGGCACCGGCUGGCCUUGCACCCCGGGGCCCAGCCCGUGCCUUUGCGGCAAGCAGCGGCAGCAGCCUGCUCUUCCCCACAGUGGUGCACAUGGCCCCGCCGUCGCACCUGGAGAGCGGCAGCACGUCCAGCUUCAGCUGCUACCACGGCCACCGCUCGGUGUGCAGUGGCUACCUGGCCGACGGCCCGGGCAGCGACAGCAGCAGCAGCAGCAGCAGCAGCAGCAGCAGCUCCGGCCAGUGCCACUGCUCCUCCAGCGACUCGGUGGUGGACUGCACCGAGGUCAGCAACCAGGGUGUGUACGGGAGCUGCUCCACCUUCCGCAGCUCCCUCAGCAGCGACUACGACCCCUUCAUCUACCGCAGCCGGAGCCCCUGCCGCGCCAGCGAGGUGGGGGCCGUGGGCGGCUCGGCCCGGGGGCCGGUGCUGGGCCUCGAGGGCUCCCCGCCGCCCGAGGACCUCUCGGCGGCCCACAGUCAAGGUGCUGGGCGAGGAGAGCCUUGGCACGGCCCCUCCUCACCCUCUGGGGACCAGCUGUCCACCUGCAGCCUGGAGAUGAACUACAGCAGCAACUCCUCCCUGGAGCCCAGGGGGCCCGCUAGCUCUACCUCAGAAGUGGGGCUCGAGGCUUCUCCUGGGGCGGCCCCAGACCUCAGGAGGACCUGGAAGGGGACCCGCGAGGGGCUGUCGUGUGCCUGCUGCUGUGAGCCCCAGCCCUCCGCCCUGGAGCCCAGUGGCGGAGUGGCCGGGGGCAGCACAUUGUUCCUGGGCCCCACGCUCUGUGAGGCCUGUGGCCCCACGGGCAGGGAGGCGCAGCCGGGAAGCUCCCAGGGCCUGUAUGGCCUUCACCCGGACCAUUUGCCCAGGACAGAUGGGGUGAAAUACGAGGGCCUUCCCUGCUGCUUCUAUGAAGAGAAGCAGGUGGCCCAUGGCAGCAGCGGGGGCCGCGGCUGCUGCGUGGAGGACUGCUCGGUCAGUGUGCAGUACACGCUCGCCCAGGAUCCCCCGCCUGGCUGCCCCCCAGGAGCCUGGGACUUGAGCCAGCGCAUCCCCAUCAUUCCGGAGGAUGUGGACUGUAACUUAGGCCUGCCCUCAGACUGCCAAGGGACCCAUGGCCUCGGCCCUUGGGGUGGGACACUGGGCCCGGAUGUCCUGCGACCCCACUGCAGCCUAGGAGCCACCCAGGAAGAAGAGCAGAUUCUGUGCCACCAGGCCAGGGCUCCACUCUCGCCCGGCUGCCCUCCAGAGGAUGCAGAGGCCCCCGGGGCCAGCUUCCCUGGUGCCCCACAGGACACUCAGGAGUCCAGUGCCACCACCCCUGAGGCUGCAGGACAGAGAUCUCGCCCAGCAGACAGUGGCACAGGAUCCUGAGCUCAGAAGGAACUCUUACAUGGAAAUGGGGACUAUAUGGAGACUCCAAGCUCUGACUUCCUUCAGAAAAAAA